AUAAUUGUUUCAUUUUAAGUCAUAAUUAAAACAUUUUUCAAGUUAAAAACAUAACAAAAUUUUAAGUGAAAUAAUAAUAAUCGAACAAAAACCACAUAAAAAGUUCUUUUUGUAUGGUUUAUGGAAAAAAGUCUUUCUGAAAAUAACACUCCAGUAGUUCACCUUCGUCUUAUACCUGUAACACGUGAAAUAAAACUGGCAAUGAUGGAUUUCAACAGCCCAAGUCUGGAAAACGAAGAAAACACCACAAAAUCCUUAAACGAAUUGGUAAAAGAAGAAAUCGAUGAUAGCCUCAGAAGCCUUAAAUCAAACAUUGAAAAUUGUGUGAAAAAAGAAGAAUUACCCGAAAUAAUAAAUCAAUGCAUUCAAGACAAUCUUACUCUUUGUCCUAGUGCCCAUCAACUUAGCAGUCUUACACCACUAGCUACAUCAUCAUUCGCUUCCAAUGAAGUCCAGGACGAAUCAGAAUCAAAUGACGAUGAUGUGCUAAUGAAAGAAAAUAUCAUAAAAUUAGAAAAACGAAUAAAUUUCCUCGAAUCUAAAUUAUCGUCGGUUUUUCAACUGAUUCCAAAUUUAAAGAUUAUUCCACCAAAUUUUAAAAUUGAUCCAGCACCAAUAAAAUUUGAUAAGAGCAUCGAUGCGGGUCAAUUAUUAUCAUCAACAUCUGAUAAAACCACUCAAGACGGAGGUAAUUGUGAUUUUGAGAAUAUGAGCUCGUCUGAAAAGGAUGAAGUGAAUCCUUAUGAUGAAAUGUAUUACGAAUGGCGUCAGAAUAAAAUGAAUUUACUGCACUAUAAGCACUCUGAAUGUAGUUUAGAACUGAAUAAAAAACUUGUAAUGGAAUCUUCCCACGGUGUUCUGCCAAACUAUACCUUGCCAGCAGCGAUGAGUAAAUCGCAGGUUAAAGCAAGGUUUAUAAAUUCACAGCAUCUACUGAUAUAAAGAAAAUCCAAAAUAAAUAAAUAUCAGUUUAUAUUGUUAUUUUAUUUGAUAAUUCCUCCAUUUACUCAGUUUAAAUACAUUUUUUUUAAAUGCA